AUUUCACAAGCAAUCUCAGAUUUUUUUUGAAGGACAUUUCCACAGUCGAUAUUGAGAAGUUAUGCCAGAUAACAGCAAGUUUUGAGAUAUUGCUAGAAGGAUGAAACUGGCUAAUUUUAUAGGAAUCUUGUUUCUCUUCUCUUGUUUGUUUAGCAAUACAAUUGUUAAGUCUUGUGUUAAGAAUGAGACGUUACCUAUGGUAAUGAUUACCUGGGAUUAUGAAAAUGCAAUAACAAAAGCAUGGGACGUGAUAUAUAAUCAGAACAGAAGUGCUCUAGAUGCAAUAGAAGAAGGAUGCACUCUGUGUGAGGCAGAACAAUGUAAAAAGACUGUAGGAUUUGGUGGUAGUCCAGAUGAAAAUGGAGAAACUACACUGGAUGCUUUGAUUAUAGAUGGAGAGACGUUGGAUAUGGGCGCAGUAGCAGGAAUGCGGAGAAUAAAGAACGCUAUUUCAGUAGCGCGCAAGGUGAUGCAUCACACUAAACAUACUUUAUUAAGUGGAGAUUUAGCUACAGAGUUUGCUGUUAAGAUGGGAUUCAAAGAAGAAUCUCUAACGACAAAUCAAUCCCACCAAAUGUGGGAGGACUGGAAAGCAAACAACUGUCAAUCCAAUUUCUGGAAGAAUGUUGAGCCGGAUCCAAAGACCAGCUGCGGGGCGUAUAAAUCGAAAAACAUAUCAGACAACGAUAUUAGAUAUGAAGAACGCGUUGUAGCAAGCGAAGAUCAUGAUACGAUUGGUAUACUCGCGAUAGACUUGAAAGGACGCGUAGCAGCCGGUACUUCCACGAAUGGUCUCAAUCACAAGAUACCCGGCCGUGUUGGAGAUACCCCUAUUCCGGGAGCUGGAGCAUACGCCGAUCAAGAAGUUGGCGCGGCAGCUUGUACUGGUGACGGAGAUGUCAUGAUACGAUUUGUACCGAGCUUUCUGGCGGUAGAAUUGAUGCGUCGUGGAGCAACACCGAGUGCAGCUGCCCAGGAGGUGAUAAACAGGAUCAUUAAAGGUUCUCCCAAAUUCUUUGGUGCGAUAAUCGUCAUGAACAUUAAGGGAGAAUACGGAGUUGCGUGUAAUGGAGAGGACUAUAAAAAAGCGCCCAUUCAAUUUCCAUUUUGGAUUGCAAAUCCUAUUUCAGGAAAAAAUUUAAUUUUUCAUGAAUGCAAUAAUUUUUUAUGAUGCAAGAAAGACACACAUUGUUCGGUAUAAUUUAUUGUUUUGAUU